UUGACAACUCAAAAGUGGGAGUGAAUUGGUCCAUUCUCUCUUGAUUCAUCACAGGCACUCCUGACUGGGAGUUUGAGUCCUGUGGAAAUACCAGAAGCAGAGACCAUGGAGAAUAUAUUGGAGUCUGGCACCUAUUGCUUGCUGAAAAACAUCAGAACGGGAAUCUGGAUAGCUGAUAUGCGUCUACUUUGCUGUCCUAUCUGUGACAUCAGCAGUUGUCCAGGAUCCAUGCUAAUGUUGGAGGCAAGGCACAUUGAACUCUUCCUCAACGAGGGAUACCAGGAUGGAACUUGGGAAUAUCAGGUUGUAGGAGCUCAUGAUAUCAAAGAGAAUACAGAAGCAGUUUCCGGAGCCAUUCUUGAUGUCAAACACCUCAAAGAUUCCUCAACCUCAGGUGAUUUUAGCACUUCAUUCUUGCUUAAUCAUCAUUGCUUUCCUGCUCAAAAUGCCCAAGCAUGCAGCCACCCACAGAAAGUUUCCCACUUUCAUACAAACUACUGAGUUUUCUGCUAACUGCAAUGGAAACAUACAGAAUCCAUAGGCCCAUGCCUAACUAAACUAUCGCCCUCAGUGACAGGACCAUCAUAUAUUAGCAAUCUGGAUAGGUUAUUUGCUUGCCGUAUGGAGAUUACAGAAAAUUUUCGUAACUUUGUGGCAGCAGUUUUUGAUGUCAAGUCAUGGGUAGU